AUGGAAAAGCAACAGAAACCAUGGCAGGGGUGGAUCCUGUCAGACUCGUGGUCCCAACGAAAGUGAACCCGUAUUCCGUCAUCGACAUCACGCCAUUCCAGGAAGAGCAGCCCCCAACCCCAGCCCCGGAUGCUGAGGAAGAGGCUGUGGGCCUCACACACGUGCCCAGUGGGUACUCGGUGCCGGUGCCCUGCGGCUACGCCGUCCCCUCCAGCCUGCCCCUCCUGCUGCCCGCCUACUCCAGCCCAGUCAUCCUCCGCGCCGCAUCCAUGGAGGAAGAAGCUGAAGCACCAGAAGUUGAAGAAGAUCACCAGUGUAAUUCUUUAAGUUCUGAGGACCCUCCAAAUAGUGAAGAUCAAGUCAAUAAAGAGGACAGUGCCCUUGCCCGAUGGGUUGCAGAUCCUGCCAAUACAGCCUGGAUGGAGAAUCCGGAAGAAGUGAUCUAUGACGAUGUUCCCAGAGAAAAUUCAGACUCUGAACCAGAUGAAAUGAUUUAUGACGACGUUGAGAAUGGAGAUGAAGGUGGAAACAGCUCUUUGGAAUAUGGAUGGAGUUCAAGUGAAUUUGAAAGUUAUGAAGAGCAGAGUGACUCAGAGUGCAAGAAUGGAAUGCCCAGGUCCUUCCUGCGCAGCAACCACAAAAAGCAAAUGCAGAAGCUCAUGAAGGCAGCAAAGGAGGGUACCAAAGAUGGGUUGGAGAGGACACGAGCUGCCGUGAAGAGAGGCCGCUCGUUCAUCAGGACUAAGUCUUUCCUUUCUCAAGAUCACAGAUCUUGUCUUGAAGAAGAGCAGAAUUUAUUCAUUGAUGUUGACUGUAGGCACCCAGAGGCCAUCUUGACCCCAAUGCCUGAAGGUUUAUCUCAGCAGCAGGUUGUAAGAAGAUAUAUUCUGGGUUCAGUUGUUGACAGUGAAAAGAACUACGUGGAUGCACUUAAGAGGAUUUUGGAGGUACCUAAAUGUCAUGUUAUGUAA